AAGUGGGGAACUUAGGAAAGUUUGUUUCGAGUUAGGUUAAAAAGAAACAAAAUUUGAUCAUUAUGAUACGAUUCAUGUGCAUACAUUUCCAUUUUUACAGAGUUCACAUAAACUCCGAUAACACUUUUACCAUUUAAAUUAUUUAAAGUAUUACCAAACUUCAUGUAAGUCCUGUAUCGAUUGUGCACGUGUAAGAAGAUAAUUUAAUUGGUUUGGAAUACGGUCUAUUUUGAAAACAUUGUCUAUAUGUACAAGUGUGUUACGUCACGUAAAGUUACACACUGCAUAUAAUAUGCGAUCGUAUAUAUGUGUUUCUGUAUAUAAGUACGUUGAGAAGAAUGCCGGCAAAUUUGAAAGCUUGAAUAAGGUUAUGUCUAGAUAUAUCGUUAAUAUUAAUACUGUAUCUAUUCUCUUUAGUAAGGAAGAGUUUCUCGAAUUAUUGACUAUCAUUAAAAAACAGCCAUCUUCUUCGCUCGGUCGUAAAUUGUAUAAAGCUAUGGUCGAUGAAUUGUUGGAGAAAAUGAACGAUCAAUUGAAGGAAAUAUAUCAAGAGGGUUCAUUGGAAGCUGGAUUGACGAAACUUUCCAAACUGUCCGAAGAGGCAGGAAAUACAGUUGCUAAUGAAACUGUUUGGAGACCACCUGGAGAUGUUAAAUUACAUUUGAGAUCUCUAGACGCAGAAAAGAUUAAGAUGGAAAGUGAAAAACUAGAGGAAUGGUUGACUGAAAUAGAGAAUGAAAAUGCUACGUUAAUGAAGAAACUGGCUAAUGAUAGAACUAAGGUGUGCACUACCGGUAACAGAAUAGCAAAGAAUUUACACCGUGCUCCAAUGAUUCAAGAACAUUUGGAAAAUCAAGUCGAGCAGUUGCAACAUUUGCUUCGAGUAUUGGAAGGAGAUUAAAUCGAGACUCUCUUGUCGUUUUGUUUGCAAAUACGAGAUAAAAGGAUUUCAAUCGAAUUGUUAGAGAAGAAGUAUGAAGACAAAGAGGUAGAAUCUCUAUUUAUGGAAUGAUCAUGAAUGAUCAAGAAAAAAGACCGUUUAUGGUGUGACGAUAAACGAAAGAAUUCAAAAUAUGUUGAAAAGGGAUUGGUGGAAGUAUUUCAAUUUCCAUUAAAAAAUUUUAUUUAUUUAUUUAUAUGAUUUAUAGGUCAUACCGAUUUAUAGGUCGUGUGUCAUAGUCAAUUUUUAUGUCAUAUUAAAUUGACCAUGUUUAUUGCCAUAGUAAAUUGUCCAUUUUUAUGCCGUAGUAAAAGAAAAUGAUUUUGUAUUCAUAAAUGUUACUUAAUUCGUCAAUUUUGUUAGAUUUCAUUUGAUGACUUGUUGGUUAGGACAACGUUAAUUUUAUCUCGUAAGUCUUGCGAGAUAUUUUUCAUUCUCGAUGCUCUCUCUAAUUUACGAAGUAAAGCUAUAUUUCUUUUCUACGAAAUAUUAUUAAAUUAAUUGUAACAUCUCGUUUAUAGAGUGUAUUUACACAAGAACAAAAUGAUUAUCAUAAUUAUAAUUAAUCUCAUAAAA